AUGAAAAGCACCCCGCUGAUAAUUAACUGGCACGAGUCGAAUUUGCCCAUCUAUUCUGCAGAUUUUCAGAAGGGGGACAAGGGAAGAUUGGCCACCGGAGGGGGAGACAACAACGUCAGAUUAUGGAGAUUAGAAUCUGAUGGAGAAGACCGGAAAAUCGACUAUCUAGCUACCCUAGCAAAACAUACCCAAGCUGUCAACUGUGUUCGAUGGGCUCCUCGAGGAGACCUACUGGCCUCGGCUGGAGAUGACGGAAAUAUUAUAUUGUGGGUGCUGGACGAGAACAAGACUGCUACGCCUCUGUUUGGAGGAGAUGGCGUUGAGGACAAGGAGGUCUGGCGCACGAAACAUAUGUGUCGAUCAUCCGGUGCUGAAAUCUAUGAUCUUGCAUGGUCACCAGAUGGCAUCUACUUCAUAAUUGGGAGUAUGGACAAUGUUGCUCGGAUAUAUAAUGCUCAGACUGGUCAACUUAUCCGUCAGAUUGCUGAACAUCAGCACUAUGUUCAAGGCGUGAGUUGGGACCCCCUCAACGAAUACAUAGCAACUCAAUCCUCCGAUCGAUCCGUACACAUAUACACCCUCAGAACAAAGGACGGGCAGUUCACUCUUGACAACCGGGAAGAACCCAAAAGAGUAGGGGUAAAUUUGAAAAUGGAUUUACCCGGACGACGGAUUUCUUCGAGCAGUCCUGCACCUCCCGACCCCGGUUUCCGCCCACAACUCUCAACAGAAUCAUUUGGUAAUGCGGUAGGCUCCCCAGCACCUUCAUGUCCAGGUACGCCAACAUCUGUGGCGUUACCAAUGAACCCGCCGAGUACCAUCAGCCAUAGCAGGAGAUCCUCUUUUGGUGCGGCUUCCCCUGCUAGGUCCAUGCGACGAUCAGCAUCACCAGCGCCAUCGAUGCCCUUACCAGCUGUUAUGCCCAUGGAACCCUCCCCAAAACCUUACACCAGCCUGGGAGUGAAGAAUGCAAACAUUUAUGCCAAUGACACACUGAAGUCUUUCUUUCGUCGAUUAACUUUCACACCGGACGGCAGUCUUCUCUUUACCCCUGCUGGACAGUAUCAGACGCAGCAUCGUGGUUCCGACGAGUCUGCUAAGAAUUCUUAUGAGGUCAUCAAUACCGUCUACAUUUACACAAGAGGCGGUAUCAAUAAGCCUCCUAUAGCUCAUCUUCCGGGGCACAAGAAACCUUCAGUCGCUGUCAAAUGCUCGCCGAUCUAUUAUGUCCCAAGAAAAUCACCACCUCAGACAAAACAUAUCACGAUUGAUACUUCAUCAUCAGAGGAUUUUGCGAAUGCCCUACCAGAACCUGCGGUUGCUCCCAAGUCACCAUCACAUUCUGUCAUGGAACCACCUCCAUCACCGAGAUCAAAGCCCCUGGAAGAGGAGGCGAGUGCCUCGACGCCAGGCCCCACAAUGGCGUUUUGCUUGCCGUAUCGCAUGAUGUACGCGGUUGCAACAGAAGAUUCAGUUCUAGUGUCAAAUGAUGGCCUUACAUUACUCAUGACUUCAUCCGAUGGUUUCUGCUCCACAUUGACCUUUGCCCCUGGCGAGCUUGGUCAGAUAUACACCGGCGAAGUUCCAACAGCCAAACACCCGACCCUCAGCAGCACUGCUGUCACGUCUCAAAAUACACCGAUGGCCACGCCUACCUCGAUCAUAACCCCACCAUCUCCCUUUCCACCCUCCAAUCACCAGCGUACCUCAUCCAACCUCUCAGUCGCCCCUUCACCCCCUCCGGCGCCUGUUGGCCCAGCCGUUCAGCCUUCCUCACCCACACGCUCGAACUCAACCUCUUCGAUAGCAACACAGUCCUCAUACGCCAAUCCUCCGGCUGGAACGAUCAUUAGCAAUCCACCGCUCGUAGCGGGUAGUCUCCCAGGUAUCGUGGCGGGGAACACAGGCCUGGGAUUUAUGUCCAGCAUUCCGAUGACGACACCACCACAGACACCGAGGAGUACAACAAGUAGCGUCGGUGGGGUCAAGAGGGAUGCUUCCGAGAGUGAGAGAGAGGACGGCGGGCAAGAUAAGAAGAAACGCAGGAUAGCGCCUACUCUAGUGAGCAGCGACCAGAAUCCGGAGUCGAGCAACGGAUCCGCGACAUAG